AUGCUCUCCCAGAACAUCGACAGGAGGACUACAGAAGACGCUCACGUCCUCACCAUCGGCUGCCGGAAAUCAGACCUCGCCGCCAUCCAAGCUCGUCUAAUCGUAACCACUCUCCAACAAUGCCUUGGACAUCCACCAUCCUUGGACAUCAAAACACACACCGUCGUGGGCGAUGCGGAUAAACACACUCCAUUCGUGCAACUCGCAAAGGAGAUCGGCGGCUCAGACGUCGGCAAGAGUCUCUGGACCACAGGUCUAGAAGCCGACCUGCUUGCCGGCAAAAGUGAUAUCCUGGUUCACAGCCUCAAGGACAUAAAGCCGGCUCGGAGUUUGCGUCUUUGGAUGAACUGCCGCCGGGAUCGAUCGUUGGCACGAGUUCGUCGAGGAGGAAGGCUCUGGGACACUCGGCUUUCGAAGCUCGAUGCACCUUCGUCGCCUUUCGCAUGCAUCAUCUUAGCCACCGCUGGUCUUGUUCGUUUGAAGCUUGAGCAUCGUAUCACCUACCGACUCGAUAGUCUUCGCUUCCCUUAUGCGGUAGGGCAGGGCGCGCUUGGUAUCGAAGCUUGCGAGGAUGCUCCUGGAACGAUUGAACUCGUGCGGUGCCUCGAUCAUGCGCCUUCGAGAUGGAGAGCAAUGGCAGAAAGGUCAAUGCUGCGGCAUCUUCAGGGCGGAUGCUCCUCUCCAAUCGGUGUUUGGUCGGAGUUCGAGGGUGAAGAUAUCUUACAUCUGCGUGCUACCGUGCUUCACAUCGAAGGAACAUCUGACGUUACUGCUGAGAACGUGGCUUCGGUUCGUAGUGAUGCGGAGGCGGACGCUCUCGGCAUGGCCGUUGCAAGCAUGCUCCUCCAAGAAGGGGCACGAAGCUUGCUCAGACCUGGAGUUCAGUGA